AUGUUGCAAAGGUCGGGUGUCGACAACCCAAUCAUCCAGAUUCAGAAUUUGGCUCACAAAGUUCUAUUGGGGCUCCAGUGCUUGAGGUGCAAGAAGGGCCACAGCAUGGGGCACCGCUCGGACAAUCCGAGCACCUACAAGAACCAGGCCUGCUGUGACGCUUGUGGCAAAGAGAAUUUGCCGAAACUUUGUUCGAAAGGGAAGCUGUCGCAUUUUUUCCACUGCAGUUUUUGCCGCUUCGACAUGUGCCCUAACUGCGCAGAGAACCCACUCUCUGCCAAGGGGAAGGAUGGCAAGGAGGCAAAGGUAAGCAAAAAGAAAGACAAGAAAAAAGACAAGAAGGUUCCAGAGCCGGUGGACAUCAUUCCUCGUGCCCGCCGAGAGCUAUGGAUUCCUACAGAGGCACAAGCUGUCAAUCGCGCGCCGAUCAAGACUGCUGUCCUCUCUGACUGGGUUGAAGGAAAGCCAGUGUAG